AUAUAUCCACGAAUGUCCUACUCCUACACAUAUUUUCUCUCUCCCUCUUUCCCCCUUCAGGCCUUCAUCGUUCCCGUCUGAAAAAUACCUGUUGCCUGUGGGUCGGUCGUUUACUGUAACGAAGCCGAAACCGAAGAUCGAAGCUCCAAGAAGUUGUGGACUACGAUUCAGGCGGUAAUUUAUUCUGCGCCGGCGGCGAGUGAUUGAUUUUUCGAGAUCUACGCUAUUUAUUCAUCAAGCGCGAUACUCGGGUCGGCGGUGGAGAUCUUCUCAAAUCAAUCAAUAAAAUGGCGGAGGACAAGUACAAUCUGAAGAACCCCGCCGUGAAGCGGAUCCUGCAAGAGGUGAAGGAGAUGCAAUCGAAUCCCUCUGAAGAUUUCAUGAGCCUUCCUCUCGAGGAGAAUAUAUUCGAGUGGCAAUUCGCCAUAAGUGGUCCUCGUGAUACCGAGUUUGAAGGCGGGAUUUACCAUGGGAGAAUUCAGUUACCAGCUGAAUACCCCUUCAAGCCACCUUCAUUUAUGCUUUUGACUCCAAAUGGUCGUUUCGAGACUCAAACGAAGAUAUGUUUAAGCAUAUCGAAUCACCAUCCGGAGCAUUGGCAACCAUCAUGGAGUGUUCGGACAGCCCUAGUCGCUCUCAUUGCGUUCAUGCCAACCAACCCAAAUGGUGCAUUGGGAUCGCUAGACUACAAGAAGGACGAGAGGCGAGUUCUGGCUAUCAAAUCUCGCGAAGCAGCACCAAGAUUCGGCACUCCCGACCGUCAGAAUGUUAUUGACGAGAUUCAUGAAUAUAUGCUAAGCAAAGCCCCACCGGUCCCUCAGCCAGACGUCUUACAGUCUUCAGAAGAACAUCCAGUAAAUACAGAGGUUGAAGCACCUAAAGAAGCUGCAGCUUCUGUUGCUGCUGAUGAACUUACCAACGCAGUUCCUAGUGAAAUCCAGGCCACAGCAGAACGGACUGUGGAAGAAGUUCCUGAAGCUCCUCCCGCCGUUGGCAAUCCUCCUGUUCAAGCUGGGAUCAGGGUAGUGACACAGGAAGCUCCUCCGGCAAGAGAUUCGAGCGAUCAACUUAGGCAAAGAGCGGCUGUCCAAAGGCCUGCUGCUGGUGCUGAUGAUAGGCUCUUCACGUGGGCUGCCGUUGGGCUCACCAUCGCCAUUGUGGUUCUGCUACUAAAGAAAUUCUUGAAGUCUAGUGGGCACAGUCCAGUUUUCAUGGACGGUUCGUAGAUUGUCUCGGAUUGGUGAUGAAUGAUGAUGUUGAAAAGGAAAGGGAUGGGAAUACUUGGAAAGAGUAAAGCGAUCUCUUUUUUGUUUUUUUGUUUGUUUUGGCAUCUUCGUUUGAGACGAAGUUUGUAAGUUAGUUUUAUCAUCCGCUUAAGAUAUAAUCAUAAUUUCCUGUGGCUGUAAUUAAUAAAAAUGUAGAUGAGUGAACUUCAUUACUAAACCGGGGUUAUUUUGUCAUUGUUGUAUUACCAUUUGGUUUGGAUUUUGGCAGUCUCUGACUCUCUGCCCCGACCUCUGAGAAUCUGUUGGAAUUGCAAUACUCUCCCGAGCUGUUCAGGCGGUCGAUAUUUUUAUUUUCUACAAGAAAAACCAAAAGAUUGC